UGGCUAUAAUUGACUUUUCAGAUUUAUCUCAGAUUUUUUUAUUAUUUUUAUUAUGUUACCUGUGAUUCUCUUAAAAAACUAAAACCUAAUGUCGAACCAGGCGAAGGUAGUUCUUGCUUCAGCAUGUGUUUUUUCUCUGGGUAUAAUCGGAUAUGUACAUUAUAAGCAACAUUUAGAUAGGAAUCAACUUCAUUCUGGUGUUCUGAAAGACAUUGAAAGGCGCCAGAGAAGAAAGGCAGAAAAUCUAUUUGUCCUUCAACAACAAAUUGAUCUGGCCAAAGAACUGAAGAAAGAACCAGAACUCAAUAGAACCUAGUUCAUACCCUAAAUAGGAAUCAUACUUGUUUAAUCUGUGAUUAUACUGCAACUUUCAUCAAAUUUCCAAAUUGAUUUCUAUUUUCUAUACAAUAUUUCAAUUUUGAAGUGUGAUUGCAGGAUUCCUGAUCCAUAUAUCAAUCAACUGGCAAAGCAAGUACAUGUUUCAAGUUAAUUUGACAGAACUGUUGUUUUUUUUUCAUGAUUCU